ACACAUCUUAAAUAUAUUAAUAAACGGAUGGCUAUUGUUAAAAUAAUUAUCGGCCAACAACAUAUCAUGUUGCUUUUGCGCAUAGAAAAAAUUACAGAGAAUUUUUCGUUAAAUAAAUUCUUCGUUAUUGCAUGUACUUAUAGUAAUAUUUAGGUGCCCAUUUGCACCGCCAAACAAUGAAGUUCAAUGGAUUGCGCCUUUUAUCUGUGUUGUUAGUUUGUUCUUUGGAUUUCGUUGCGGGACAUUCUUAUCACUUGGACGGAUGUCCUGAUUUUUACCCUAUGCCGGAGUUUGUGAUGGAUAAAUUUUUAGGACGAUGGUACGCCGUUCAAACGACAUGGCCACCAAGUCAGUGUUUAAUAUAUGAUUUUGAUACAAUGCAGAAACUGGAAAACACAAAUUGUGUAAAUUGUGUGAACUGUACAAACUGUAUAAAUUGUACGAAUUGCAGGAAUUGUUCGAACUGUGUAAAUUGCAUAGAAUGUACAAAUUGCAGAGAUUGUACAAACGGUAUACGUUUAAGCAACUGUGCGGAUUGUACGAAUUGUAUAAUUUGUCCCAGUUUGCACAAAUGGCAAGAACUUGUCGAAAGCUCACACUCCAUUGUAACUAACUCCAUUGGCUACAAUUUCUUUGGAGAAUUGAAAGUCAAUCCAAAUAUACCAUCAAUAAUGUCUAUGUCUGAUGUUUCCCCUCUGAGUUUAGAUGAUCAAUCGUCUUUAAUUGUGUUCGCCACUGAUUAUGUGAACUAUGCCGGUGUAUACUCUUGUCAACAAAUGCCUUUCGGCCAUCAACAUUAUGUAGUUAUUUUGUCCAGAUCAAAAAAAAUGAACGACAUGUAUCUAUAUAAGAUGAUUGACUUAUUGAUUUCGGCUAAAGUGAAUCUAACUGAUCUUACAUUCAUUGACCAAACGUUCUGUUACCGUUCUAAGGACGAACUGCCAGCGACGGGAACGUUUGAUGUGCUUGUGUUUGCUAAAUAAAAUUAAACUGUAAAAUAUUUAAAAGGAAAAAAAUAAUUUUAAAAAUUGUAGUUUGUUAUGUAAUUAAUUUGCCAAUAUAGGUAGUGUGUCGACAGAGACACAGUCUGGAAUAAAGUUUAUUUUUAUC